UCAGAAUUGAAAGAUGGAGUUUGGAGAAGACAAUGAGAGGAUUGAAAAGGGAGGGCGAUCCAACUACUGCAUCUUCUCUCUGUUCAUUGCUUGUAGUGAGAGAAAACGAGGAGAUGACUUCGUAUCUUCGGCAGAAGUUUCAGUCUCUCACAGUCUCGUCGAGGUCGGAAGAUGCAAAAGACGGUGAGCUCACCUCCGAGAGCAGAGAAGAAACGGAGCGGACUCGAAUUCAAACCAUGAAAGCUCUCGUCGUCAAACUAGAUCCCUCAGCUGAGGAUGUGGAUGACUUGAUGAUCCGUAGAUUUCUUCGAGCUCGUGAUCUUGAUGUUGACAAGGCAUCAGCUAUGUUUAUCAAGUAUUUGAAAUGGAGGAGAGAAGCUAUUCCAAAUGGUUUCAUAUCUCCAUCGGAAAUUUCGAAUGAUCUGGCUCAGAAUAAGUUGUUUAUGCAAGGAUAUGAUAGGGCUGGACGCCCGAUUGUCGUCAUUUUUCCUGCCAGGCAUAAGCCUGCAUCCACUACUGUCGAAGAGUUUAAGCGAUUUAAUAUUUAUGGUCUUGAGAAAAUUUGUGCCAGAAUGCCUAGCGGACACGAGAAGUUCACUUCUAUUGCUGAUCUACAGGGAUGGGGUUAUGUUAACAGUGACAUAAGAGGAUAUCUUGCUGCUUUAUCUAUACUUCAAGAUUGCUACCCUGAGAGGCUGGGCAAGCUGUUGAUCAUCAAUUCGCCCUACAUAUUUGUGGCUGUUUGGAAGAUAGUUUACCCAUUUAUCGACAAAAACACGAAGAAAAAGAUUGUUUUCGUGGAGGGCAACAAACUUCGAUCUACCCUACUCGAAGAUAUCGAUGAGAGCCAGCUUCCUGAGUGUGUCGGAGGGCCACUGAAGUUGGUACCCAUUCAAGAGUGCUGAGUAAUGAAAUAUUGUGUAUUGACCACCCAAAAUUAAACACAAAAGUUUUUUCUUUGGUAAUUAAUAAAAAAUAAAUAUAUAAAACUAUUCA